UUGAACGCUUCUAUGUCACCAAGAGGAAGCCUCCCGCGCGCCUGGUUGUUUGUGUACAGUUUGGAAAGAUCUCCAGGGGACCCGAAACAGCAGGCGGCAGACAGAGCGCGGCGUCAGACGACGCGAGCAGAGAAAAGGCUGAGCUUCACAGCAGAUCCCACAUGGGGAACGGCGGCGGAGUCACCAAAGGCGAGACUCAGAUAGGGCGGCGGCAGCAGCAGCAGCUUGCAAGAGUUCUCCGAGAGGGGAAGGCAGCGUGAUCCUGGGGAGGCAGCAGAGAGGGCGCAGACAGUUAACAUAGGCGGGGAGGGGGAGUCACAGGGAGGACAAAGAGGGCUCGGAUGAUCUUGAAUGGCGGCCCCGAAGCCUGCCCCCACAUUACCGGCAAGGAUUCAUUGAGCCUGAAACGGACCAGGAAGGGAGGGAGAAAGAGCGAGGUGGAAUUGACCAGGCAAAGGGCUGCUGCUGCUGCGGUCGUUCGUACCUCGGAGCGCACCUGCCAUGAUCAUGAAGGAGACGAGUGAUUCCAAGGACCAGCAGCUCACGGUGGCCCUUCGCAUCCGGCCCAUCAGUAUGGCCGAGCUGGAAGAAGGAGCCACACUUAUAGCCCACAAAGUGGAUGGCCAGAUGGUGGUCCUAAUGGAUCCAAUGGAAGAUCCUGAUGACGUGCUCCGCGCCAACCGGUCUCGAGAGAAAUCCUAUAUGUUUGAUGUAGCCUUUGAUUUUGCUGCUACCCAGGAGAUGGUCUACCGUGCCACCACCAAAGGCCUCAUUGAAGGUGUCAUCUCUGGCUACAAUGCUACCGUUUUUGCCUAUGGCCCUACUGGCUGUGGAAAGACCUAUACUAUGCUUGGCACAGACAACGAACCUGGCAUUUAUGUACGGACGCUCAAUGAUCUCUUCCAUGCUAUCGAGGAGACCAGCAAUGACAUGGAGUAUGAAGUGUCCAUGUCCUACCUGGAGAUCUACAAUGAGAUGAUCCGGGACCUGCUCAACCCCUCCCUGGGCUACCUGGACCUGCGUGAGGAUUCCAAGGGCAUCAUUCAAGUGGCUGGGAUUACUGAGGUGUCCACCAUCAAUGCUAAGGAGAUAAUGCAGCUGCUGAUGAAAGGCAAUAAGCAACGGAUGCAGGAGCCAACAGCAGCCAACCGGACUUCCUCACGCUCCCAUGCGGUGCUACAGGUUACCGUGCGUCAGAAGAGCCGUGUCAAGAAUAUUAUGCAGGAGGUGCGCGUGGGCCGACUCUUCAUGAUUGACUUAGCUGGCUCUGAACGGGCCUCGCAGACUCAGAACCGCGGGCAGCGAAUGAAGGAGGGGGCUCACAUCAACCGCUCCCUGCUGGCUCUUGGCAACUGCAUCAAUGCACUCAGUGACAGGGCAGGGGUCAAGUAUGUCAAUUAUCGGGACAGUAAGCUCACCCGCCUUCUGAAGGACUCGCUGGGCGGAAACAGCCGGACAGUGAUGAUCGCUCACAUCAGCCCUGCCAGCAAUGCCUUCGAAGAGUCACGGAGCACCCUGACCUAUGCCGAGCGUGCCAAGAGUAUCCGCACCACGGUAAAGCGUAACCUUCUUAAUGUUUCAUAUCACAUUGCCCAGUACACGAGUAUCAUUGCUGACCUGCGUAGUGAAAUUCAGCGGCUGCAGCGUAAGAUUGAACAGCAGGAGCCACGCCCAAUGCGACCUGACAUACGUAGUAUUCAAGCUGAAGUACAACUCCACGGUAACUCCUUUGAGAGGCAGGAGAUGGAUCAGCUACGAGAACAGCUGAUUAGCACCUUCCGGGAGCAGAUGGAUGUACGGCGCCACCUCAUGGAGCUGGAGAACAAUUACAUGGAGAUCCAGAUUGAGAGCUCCCGCCACCUACUCGUUAUUGCUGACUGGGAGCAGGAAAAGGCACGUCGGGCACAGAAAUGGCGAGAAGAACAGAGGAAAGAGAGCUACAGCAAAGAUGAAAGCGAGAAAGACUCUGACACCGGUGACGACCUCUCAGAUGUGCCAGAGCCCCAGGAAGUGACACUAGCUAGGGAACACAUCACCGCCCUCCUGGGAGAACAGGAUAAACUUCAUAAGCAGAAGGCAGAGCUGGAGAGGCGGUUCUGGGAAGUCCGGCAGCGAGGGCACCGGCUGGAGGAGGCUUUGCCCUGGCGCAUCAGCUCAGAAGAGCAGCGAGAAGUCCUGAGCCUGCUCUGUAAGGUCCAUGAGUUGGAGGUGGAGAACACAGCCAUACAGUCGGGUGCCCUGCUCAAGGACAACCUCAUCCGGCACCAAGAGCGAACUGUGCGCCGCUUUGAGCGCCACCACAGCCUUUGCCACCGCAUAAUCCACGAACAACGGCAGGUCAUUCAUGAGUCUCAGCUUUUGGUGCCAUCUCACCUGGAAGAACUGUAUCAAGCCUACCUGCAUGAGCUGGAGGAAGGCAACUUGGACCGUGUUGCUGCCAUUGACCGUGCAGCUGCUAGGGCCCUCAAGGAGACAUCUGUGCCAAAGCUCCCCCCACUCCCAGUGGAAAGUAUCCUGGACUCUGACCAAGAGAGCGUAAGGACACUGGGCUCUGAGUAUCAGCAGCCGCCUCGACGGGAUUCACGGAGGAACACUCUCCCACCCCUUGUACCAGAGACAGACAGUGAAGCCAGCCAGGUGUUCAAGACCAGUCCACGAGCGCGGCAGAUCAAGAAUUCGGUGGUAGUGACACCUCCUCCUAUCCAUGUCAACGGCAUGAUCAGCCAAGAGCAUGUACCCCGAGACAGCCUGGUGAGCCUGGGCAGCCAACGAAAUUCCUCCCCUGACAGCAGCGAUCAUUGUUCUGAUGGCAUCCUCGCAUGUGGAGAACGCAAGGCAAUAGUGAGUGGCACCAAAAGCAUUGCCGUGAAGGCUGCCCGACGCCGCUCCCGCGUGCUGGAGUCUGACCGACUGAACCUGCUGGAGCCAACCAAGGAGUGCAGUCGCCUUUCCCUGCACUCUCUGAGUGAGAGCGAGGACCCCUUGUGCCGGGAGACUCCUGCUCUCUGCCAGCCCCCCAGCCCCAGCCUGCAGCAUGCUGUUAGCGAGGACAACCUCUCCAGCAGCACCGGUGAGACUGUCCCGAGAAGGAGUGCCCCCAGACGCUCUCCUGGCCACUGGCUUCAAGCUAGCAAAAAGGGAAACAAGAAACUGGAGAAGAGGGAAGAAUCGCUGGAGGUGAAGAGGAGGAAGCGAAGGUCACGGUCUUUUGAGGUCACUGGCCACAGGCUCCCAUGUCCAAAGAACAAUGCUGCCCGCCAUCAUCCACUAGAAAGCAGUUCUGAGCACAAGAUCAUGGCAGCAGGAGGGACACUCGGCACCCGCGGCAUCGGAAAAGCUGCAGUGCAGUUCUCCAGAGUGAGGCUCCUGCAGGCCCAGCCAACGUCAGGCCCCAGUGAGGCCUCUUCUCUCUCUGUCACCUCCAACCAAACUGGUAUCUCCAGGAAAACGGCCCAAGUCAGCCAGCGCCCACGUCUGAACUAUAUCACAGUGAAUGGCACCAACCCACACGGCAAGGAGGGCAGAAACCGACGGUGUUAAGAGCUGAGGCAACCCAAACAGGUCAAAAAGGAACAAGAAGCUGCAUUGGCUGCCCCGUCGGGAGGUGAAAUCGCCAAAGGCACUGUGGGAAGGUAGUUGACUGCACAAAUGGCUGCAGCAAACGGAGCAAGGGCCAAGAGGCUAUCUGGUGGGUUGUGGUUGUUCCUGUCAAGGCUUCAUCUUGUCACAAAACGUCUUUUCAGCUCCUCAGAGGGAUUCUUCAACCUGAAAUAAGUAACUCUCUGGAUGGGCGUCAAUACUUGUACCCUCAGAGUUGUCUGUUGCCGCUAAGUGGGAUGGGACUGGAGAACCCCUUACUCCAUAAGCACAGAUCUCUGCGCCAUUGAAAUGGAAGUACUUGCAGCUCUGUUGUGCUUUUGUGCUCGUGGAGAACAGGGCACCACAACCUUUGUGUGGCCUGCAGGGAGAUGAGUCGCCACACACUCCGUCUGUAGGCUAUAUUUUUGCAUCACAUUAAUUAGUCAAAUACAUUUCAAUAAACUGGAAUCUUUUAAAUUA